CUCCUUCAUAGGCCUGAGUGUUCCUUCCUGUCGGCCCGCCCACCCCGCGCUGUGGCCUCGCCCUCGCGCCUGGUUUGAAGGCUGGUCCCGCCUGCUGCCCCCGAGGACCGGCGGGUUUCCGCUCGUGGCGCGGGGUUCUGAAAGUAGGAGGGACGCCUGAACGCUCCGCGAGACCCAGGGAGCAGAGAGGAGGGAGUCAGAGGCGGGCCUGACGCCCGCUCCGACCUCCCGGAGAAUUGUCGCAGAGGUGGCGGACUUUGAUCUGGGCCUCGAAGAGGAAGAAUUUGAGAAAAGCAGGCAAGGCCUUCCAGGAGAUUUUUGGGAAAUUAUGAGUUACUUCUGUUCAAGCAUUGAGAGGCAAAAUGACCAAAGUGGAAAAGGAUGAACCUCCUUUUCCUUUCCGGGAAUAUAUCAUUUGCCAUUGAGUUUGUGUUGCAAAAUUUUCUGCAAGAAUUCAAGAGAGUAUUUAUUGAUUCGAUAAGCACAAGUACUGAAACGGCAUUGCCAGAGUGCUAAAUUGACAGAAAUCUUACAUGGGUUAGGAUUUAAUAUCCCUGUAACUUCUAAACCAAUGGAGAGAAAAUGGGAAGCAAAACUGAAGCAAAUUGAAGAACGAGCAUCUCGUUAUGAGAAGAAACCGUUGCCCUCGGUAUACAGACCAAGAUUGUCCAAGCUAGAAGAACCACCCUCCAUUUGGAAACUAUUCCAUCGGCAAAAUCAGGCUUUUAAUUUUGUUAAAAGCUGUAAAGAGGAUGUUCACGUAUUUGCUUUGGAAUACAAAGUGGGCAAUGGACAGCGUAUUUACCUGGUAACAACCUAUGCUCAACUUUGGUUUUAUUAUAAAUCCCGGAAAAAUCUCUUACACUGCUAUGAAGUCAUUCCUGAAAAUGCUGUGUGCAAGCUUUAUUUUGAUUUGGAAUUUAACAAACUUGCCAAUCCAGAAGCUGAUGGAAAAAAGAUGGUUGCAUUACUCAUUGAGCAUGUUUGUAAAGCACUUCAAGAGCUAUACAGAGUUAAUUGUUCACCCGAAGAUGUUUUCAACUUGGAUUCCAGCACUGAUGAAAAAUUUAGCCGUCAUCUAAUAUUUCAGCUUCGUGAUGUGGCAUUUAAAGAUAACAUUCAUGUUGGUAAUUUUGUGAGAAAAAUUUUGCAGCCUGCUUUUCAUUUAAUUGGCAGGGAAGAUGACGCUAGUACUUCAGAGACCACGGGCCAUGAAUUUUCCCGUUUUCCUGAAACGCCAAUUAAACAAGGAAUCUCCUGUAGCAAAAUGUCCUCAGAUACAGACAGAGGAGAGAGCUGGGCCUGGAAUUCAAAGGAACGGGAGAGCCCGGGCUCAGCUAAGCUGAGAGGUCCUGACCUAUCAUUUUUAGUUGUGAAGAAUAACGUAGGAGAAAAGCAUCUUUUCGUAGACCUCGGAGUUUAUACAAGAAAUAGAAACUUCCGGCUGUAUAAGUCAUCGAAGAUAGGGAAGCAGGUGGCUUUGGAGAUUGCUGAAGACAACAGAUUUUUUCCUGAACAGUCCAAGAAUAUUUCUGAAGAAAAUCAGUAUUUCCUGUCUUCUUUGGUCAGCAAUGUCAGAUUCUCAGAUACUUUACGCAUUCUGACCUGUGACACAUCUCAGAAUGAACAGAAGCGAGUUGAAUAUUUUAACAGUACCAGCACUAAAGCAGGAAACAUUGAAGGUUUUCAUUGUUCACCCUACCCUGAAAUUGACCAGUUUGUUCUUUCUUUGGUGAAUAAAAAUGGCAUUAAAGGAGGAAUUCGACACUGGAGCUACUUUUUCCCAGAGGAAUUACUGGUUUAUGAUAUUUGUAAAUAUCGCUGGUGCAGAAACAUCGGGAGGGCCCACAAGAGCAAUAAUAUCAUGAUUUUGGUUGAUCUGAAAAAUGAAGUUUGGUAUCAGAAAUGUCAUGACCCUGUCUGUAAAGCAGAAAACUUCAGAUCGGACUGUUUUCCGUUACCUGCUGAAGUGAGUCUCCUGUAUCUUCUCAAAGAGGAAGAAGAGUUCACAGCAGCUGAAACAAUGAACAGUGACACCGGAAGUGCUCAGAAGCCACCAUCGGGCCUGUCGUCAGAAGGUGCCGUUUCCGACGCCGACUGGGACGAUGGCCUUGACGAGACUGACUUUGUGGAAGCUACUGAAGAUGCUGAACUAGCCGAAGCCGCAGAGAGCGGGCUCCUCGGUUACGGCGGUGGGGAGGAGGUCAUUCCCGAUGAGCUCAUCGUGCAGGUAUUACGAGAGUAGCUCAUUAACCGUGGGCUCUUAGGUAACCGGCCGUGAUGGGCCCUGGCGACGAUUUAGUGACCAAAGCCUUAUUAAACCUGUUAAUGAAAACCAAGUUUUAUCACUUUGCUUCUCAGUUCCUAUUUUUUACUGAAGUAAGCCAGUUUUCUUCAAAAUUAGAAAUCUUACUAAUUGACCAGAGUUGGUCUAUGUUCAUAUCAGCUUCAUUUUGCAGGUCUGUUGAUGGGUUAAAACUCUUAAUCUUAUUUAAAAAUUUUUACCUGAAUUGUAAUUGACAUACAGUAUCCUAUUCAGGUGUAUAUCCUGAUUCGGCAUCUUUAUACAUUACAAAAUGAUUCCCAUAACUCUAGUUACCAUCUGUCCUCACACAAACUUAUUACAUAUUACUGACUGCAUAUUCCCUAUACCGUAUAUUACAUCCUUACUAUAUUUAUUUAUUUAUAACUGGAACUUUGUACCUCUUACUCAUCUUUACCUAUUUUACCCCCCUGAACCGCUUCUCCCUCUGGUAACCAAUAAUUUCUUAUAUUUUGGAGUCUGUCUCUGUUUGGUUUUCUAGAUUCCACAUCUAAGUAUAAUCAUACGGCAUUUGUCUUUGACUUAUUUCACUCAGCAUAAUACACUCUAGUUCCAUCCAUGUGGUUACAGACGCCAGGUUUUAAUUUUUUUUACAGCUAAGAAAUAUUCCUGUGUGUUUGUAUAAUACUCCUCAUUUUCUUUAUUCAUUAUCAGUGGACACUUAGGUUGCUUCCAUAUCUUGGCUGCUUGAAGGAAUAAUAAUGCUGCAAUAAACAUAGGUAUGGUACAUUCCUUUGAA